CAACGAUGUGGGAUGCAAACUGCAAAGAGGAAGAAGGUUACAAUGGUUAAUCUCCCAUCUGACGUUGGAAUUGCGUGGGCCCAUGAUAGACUGCCAACUCACAACCGUCUCUCUACUCAGUACUCACUUCCCCUCCUUCCUUCCUUCCUUCCUUUCUCUCCCUCACUUUCACACUUUCACACUUUCACACUUUCAUCUUCUCCUUCUUUUCCUUUCUAAUCCAAACCCAAACUUCACUUUUCUUCCCUUCUUUCUGCGUUGCAACUUCCACUCAUCCCUGUUUGGCUUUUGCUCUUUUUCUCUCCCAUCACCACUCACCACUCUCCUCCCUCUUCCUCUUCUCUCUACCCAUCGCAUCUUCCUUUUGCUCUCACUGUAUAACCAUUUUUCAUUCCCUUAGGGUUUCCAAAACACAUUCUCCAAUAUCGCACUGCGCUACCCAACCCUGCCUUCUUCCACUUCCUCCUUUUCGCAUCAAGGUCUCUUCUCUCUCGAUUGCGGGUUUUGAUUGAGGUUUCUUCUUCGGGGGUUCGAAAUUGGGCCCUGAACGCGUUUUUAGCGGCUGUUUGGUGUUAUCUAUCAUGGCAAUUGAGAAGAACAGCUGCAAGGUGUCAAGGCUUGAUUCCGAGUGUUCUCCUCGAAGUAGGAAAAGUAUGUCUAGUGACGAAGAGGUGAUUCGGCGGCACAACUCUGCUGUGGAAUCGGAGGACGACGACGGGUUUGUUGAUGCUGAUUCUGGGGCAGGGUCUGAUGAUUUUGAUUUGCUUGAAUUGGGUGGGACUGGGGCAGAAUUUUGUCAGAUUGGGAACCAGACUUGCAGCAUUCCGUUGGAACUGUACGAUCUUGCUGGCCUUGAAGAUGUACUGUGGGUGGAUGUGUGGAAUGAAUGCUUGAGUGAGGAGGAGAGGUUUGAACUCGCUAAGUAUCUACCUGACAUGGACCAAGAGACUUUUGUUCAAACUUUGAAAGAGCUCUUUAGUGGUUGCAACAUGCAUUUUGGGAGUCCCAUUAAGAAGUUGUUUGAGAUGUUGAAGGGUGGCUUGUGUGAGCCGAGAGUUGCUCUUUACAGGGAGGGCUUGAGUUUUUUCCAGAGGCGGCAGCACUAUCAUAUGUUGAGAAAGCAUCAGAACAACAUGGUUAGCAAUCUUUGUCAGAUAAGGGAUGCUUGGCUUAACUGUAGGGGAUACAGUAUUGAAGAAAGGCUCCGUGUCCUGAAUAUUAUGAGAAGUCAAAAGAGUUUGAUGUACGAGGAAGAUUUGGUAGUUGAUUCUUCAGGUGAAGGUUCCAGUGAAGGUAUAUGGACCAGGAAGAACAAGGAUAAGAAAAUUGUGCAGAAAAUGGGUCGCUAUCCCAUCCAUGGGGUGGAUUCUGGUUUAGAUAUCCAUCCAGGAGGACUGUCAGUGCUUAUGGAACAAGAUAAGUAUGGGAAGAAAAACUCAAAAGGCAUACUCAAGUUAGCUGGUUCAAACUCAGCUUCUGUGUAUCAUGCUUUGAAUGUGAAUACUGGUCUAAAUGGUUCAACUUCUGCUCUUUCUCAACAGGGGAAAUCAAUGGGUUAUGAUUCAGGGUUAAAGUUCAGGAAGAGGGAUCAGCUGUGGAAUGGUAAUGACAACGAGGAAAUGUCAUAUGGACUGACUGUCCAUCAAGAUCGCAAUUUAUUACAUAGCAACCGGAUGGACAAAUCUAGUUUUCUGAAAAUGGCAAAGAGGCGUGACCUUCUGAGAGGUGAUGAGGUAGAUACCGACAAUUUGAUGGGUCAGUCUCUGUCUUCAAGGACUGAUCUACAUGGAUACACUAGAAAUUCCAACCAAUCUUCUGAUAUGAAAAAUUUCAGGGAAAAACCUUCUUCCAAGAAGGGUUUAUAUGAAUUUUCUAAAAAUGUUCAACAAUUUGUUGGUAGUGAUAAGAUAAAGUCUAGAUUGAGGAGUUCACAAUUACCACUUAAAGGCAAUAUGGUUGACUUGGCAGAUUAUGAUGAACUUUUCUGUAGCAAUGAAACACAAGGACUGGAAUUUGGUAUGGAUUCUUCAUUUAAACAUGAUGAUAUGUAUCGAAAGGGAAAGAAAUGGAAGGUUGGGAGAGAGUCUCCUGAUCUCAGUUGCACUGCUUAUAGAUCUUCCUCGCCACAAGUGAGUGAUAGACUUCUACCCUCCGGCUUCAGGGCAAAAUCAUUGCAGGAGAGGAUCAGAGGGGCUUCUAAGCAGAAUGGAGGAAAAUAUGCAAUGCCUUUGAGGGGUAACCAGAUGCUGUUAAGAAAUGAAGAAACUGAAUCCGACUCGUCAGAACAGUUGGGUGAUGAUGGGGAUAAAAAUCCUUUAUUUCAAAGCAAAUUUGCUUACAUGAUGGAUACUGCUGCUGGUUCUCGCACAAAAUCAUUAAAGUCUCGCCUAGAUCCUAAGAAGGCCAAAUUUGUUACAGGUUUGCAGCCACAUGUAACACAAUCCAAAAAGAAGGGUGGCUUUGCAAAGCGGGGGCAUAUGCAUGGUGUAGAAAAUUACCUUUCAAAAGCAAAGAAGGGUGAUCUACAUAAUGGUGGUCCUUUUCAUAAACAGGAUGGUAGAUUUAUUGAUGACUAUCCCUCAGGAUCAGAUACGCAUGUUGACGGUGAUGAUGAUUGGAGACAGGUGUACAAGACAGGCAAGAAUGGCAGAAUACAUGGGAAACCUAUGCCCUUAUUAAAUGCAUACACUGCUGAGAAAAAGAAGAAAGAGAGAACUGAGCUCGAUCAUACUAUUCUGAGGUCUAAAUAUUUGCAUGAUUAUGUUGGGGAUGAGGAUGGCACACUAGAAGUUGUGGAUAAUAAUGAAGUUGGACAAAGUAGGCAUGGGAAGAAAGGACAGAAAUAUGUUUCAAAUAAGGGUGAUCGAAUUGAGAGACCUGAGGCACCAUUGCUUGGUUGCAACUUGGCAACAAAGAAGCGAAAAAUGAAGGAUGAUUCAGUAGAUGUUGGUAAAAGAGAUGAAAAUGGCAAUCAUUUGUCAAACACCCUGACAGAUGAUUUGAAUUAUUUGAAAAGAAAGUCAAAGAAAAAAAUAGUGGCUAAGAUGGUUAGUUCAGAAAUGGAUACUUCUGAAUUGUGUCGUACUGAUAUGGGGACAUCAAAUAUAUCACUGGAAACCAAGGCACGAAAAAAGGCAUUCACUUUGAUCACGCCAACAGUUCAUACUGGAUUUUCAUUUUCUAUUAUACAUCUUCUUUCAGCAGUCCGCUUGGCAAUGAUUAGUCCACAUGCAGAAGACAGUUUAGAAAUGGGGAAACCUAGAGAAGAGCUGAACAAAGCACAGGAAGGCAGUGCAAUGGGUGAUCUUUCUAACAAUAAAAUGGAUACCAAUUAUGAGUCUGCUGACCAUCUGAACAUGCCAUCUCUUUCUGUUCAUGAGCUUGUUAAUCGUGUGAGAUCAAACCCUGGUGAUCCUUGCAUUCUUGAGAUGCAAGAGCCACUGCAGGAUUUGGUCAGAGGUGCUCUGAAGAUAUUUUCUUCCAAAACAGCACCAUUAGGAGCUAAGGGUUGGAAGGUACUAGCAGUUUUUGAAAAAUCUACCAGAAGUUGGUCAUGGACAGGCCCAGUUAUUCAUAAUUCACCUGACCCUGAUACUAUUGAGGAGGUGACAACGCCUGAGGCGUGGGGUCUUCCUCAUAGGAUGCUUGUGAAGUUGGUUGAUUCCUUUGCCAAUUGGUUGAAAUGUGGUCAGGAGACUCUUCAACAAAUAGGAAGUCUUCCUGCUCCUCCUUUGGCAUUGAUGCAAGUCAACCUUGAUGAGAAGGAAAGAUUUAGGGAUCUGAGGGCUCAAAAAAGUCUUAAUACCAUAAGCCAUAGUUCAGAUGAAGUGAAGGCUUAUUUUCGUAAAGAGGAAGUUCUCAGGUACUCAAUUCCUGACAGAGCAUUCUCAUAUACUGCAGCUGACGGUAAAAAAUCUAUUGUGGCCCCUUUGAGAAGAUGUGGUGGUAAGCCAACAUCAAAAGCCCGAGACCAUUUUAUGUUGAAACAUGAUCGGCCACCUCACGUUACAAUUCUUUGUCUUGUAAGAGAUGCAGCAGCUAGAUUACCUGGAAGUAUUGGCACUAGAGCAGAUGUUUGUACAUUAAUUCGAGAUUCUCAAUAUAUUGUUGAAGAUGUUUCUGAUGCCCAAAUUAACCAAGUAGUCAGUGGAGCCCUGGAUAGAUUGCAUUAUGAACGCGAUCCUUGUGUACAGUUUGACGGGGAAAGGAAACUGUGGGUUUACUUGCAUAGAGAAAGAGAAGAAGAAGAUUUUGAGGAUGAUGGAACUUCAUCCACAAAGAAAUGGAAGAGGCAGAAAAAGGAUGCUGCAGAUCAAUCUGAUCAAGGAACAGUAACUGUUGCUGGUCAUGGCACUGGGGAGCAAAGUGGGUAUGAUUUGUGCUCAGAUCUCAAUGUGGAUCCACCACCAUGCAUUGUCGAUGAUAAGGAAAUGGAACUUUUGUCUACUGAUAUAAGGCUAAAUGCAGAUGCCCAUGUUGAUGUCAAUGUUGCUUCUGAAGAAGGCAAUGUUUGUGACGGUAAUUCAAUGGCUUGGGAGGCUCUUGAUUUAAAUCCCACUCGAAGUCGAGAGUUAUGCCAUGAAAAUUCAACAAACGAGGAUUUUGAUGAUGAAUCCUUUGGGAGAGAAAGGGAUGUUGGACUAUUAAGUACAAACUUGUGAAGAAUUCUACAGGCAUUUGCUCCAUCGACACUCAAGUUCAGUCAUGUGGGUUGUAGCUGUGCUUGUAUAUAAAUGCGGGCAAAGUAUCUUUGUAUAUUGAUUUGAUCUCAGAAUAUAGUAGAAAGUGAUGUUGAAGAUCGUAGAUUUUGUUAGGAUAGCUGGAUGUUUUAACGGCUUUACAUCCCACAAAUAAUACAUUUUGGGUCGAAAUUUCUAAUGGAGCGCCUUUAGCCGUUCUUGUACAUCUCAAAACUCUUAUUUUAUCUCAAUUAAGACAUUAUGUCAUUACAUCCAAUUUGUUCAACCAAAUGAAUAGGAUAAAAUAUUAAUUACAACUCAGAAGAUGAUAGUGGUCAUUCCUUGAUUUUCUUUAUGCAUCGUUGAGUGAACUAGUCUUGAGAACGAUGUUUGAUAAAUGGAGCCCGAGAGCAUAUGGUUAAAUUUGGGGGCGUCCUGAAGAGGAAUCAAUUACCAUAGCACUAAGAGCAUCUAUAAUGGGAGUUGCUUAUAAGGAUUUAGGGUUUAGGGUUUAAGGUUUAGGAUUUAUAGUAGAUGUUCUAAGUUAUCCCGUCAUCUCUCCUUGGUAAAUUGAAGGAUAUCG